GGGCGCUCUUUCUCCGGAUCACUGCAGUGAAUGAAGCGAAUCAGGUGCACGUAAACAAACACACUGCGCAAAUUACGCAGCGCAAAACGGAAGGGAAUAACCUAUACGUACGUACCGUGAAGUGGGCGAAAUAUCCGAGGGGAUGGGCCAGCGGUUAUACGGGAAAUGCCUCUCUCUCUCUUUUUUUUUUUUCUUCUCAUAUUAGCUGCUGUCCGCGCGAGCUUCGGGAGUUGUCCGGUUACGUACGCAACGCGAGAAACGAGUUCGUGCUGUUCUUUAAAUCCGAGGGACCACUUAUUCCUUUUGUUUUUUUUGCAGAGGUACAGCAGGGGUAUGAAGAUGACACACGGUCGUUAAUCUGCCACAGCCGACAACAGUCUCAUUAGAAAACGUCCGUGUGAUUAAUUUUAUUUUUUUAUGUGUCGUGUGCGCGUGACAGCCGACAGAAGCCGAGGGAGCUCCCGGUUUAAUUUGAUGCCGCUGGGUCCGUUUAUCCGUCUGCUGUAAUGACGUCUCCGCGGUUCAUAUAAGCGUCACAUCUGUCUCGUGAGGACGUUCGAGAAUCUACCCGCCGUCGGGCCGAGCGAGGCUGAGGCGGAGCGGCAGGCGGAAGGAUAUGGGAGAGCGAGCCGAACCGAUGCAGUGGGUCUUGACGAGGCGUCGUCAAAAUACAGGGCAGUGAUGCCUGGCAUGGUGAUGUUUCGGCGGCGCUGGUCAGUUGGCAGUGAUGACCUAGUGCUGCCCGCCCUCUUUCUUUUCCUGUUGCACUGCAUUUGGUUGGUGGUUUUGUCUGUGGUGCUCUUCGGCCUCCCCUAUGGAUCAGAUCAGUCCUGUUCUGUAACUCUGGUAGACCACGGCAGAGGAUAUCUGGGAAUCUUGGUCAGCUGCCUAAUCUGUGAGAGUGCCAUCAUGUGGCUGAGCAUGAGAGGCAGCAUUCUGUACACACAGCCCAGGGAAGCUGUGCAGUAUGUCCUCUAUAUACGACUCGCUAUUCUGUUGGUGGAGCUCGUUUAUGCAGUGGUGGGAAUUGCAUGGCUUGUACAAUAUUACCAGCCGUGCUCUGAUGUCACUGCCAAAAAUUUGGCUCUGGGAAUAGUUGCAUGUAAUUGGCUCGUGAUCUUCAGUGUUUGCAUCACCCUCGUGUGCACUUUUGAUCCUACGGGGCGGACAUUUGUCAAACUGAAAGCCACCCGUCGGCGCCAGCGCAACCUCACAACUUACACCCUCAGACACAGGCUAGAGGAGGGUCAAGCAAGCAGCUGGAGCAGAAGACUUAAGUUCUUUAUGUGCUGCACAAGAGCCCAGGAUACACAAUCAGAUGCAUAUUCAGAAGUGGCAAGCCUUUUUGCAGAGUUCUUCAGAGAUCUGGAUAUUGUGCCCAGUGACAUAAUUGCUGGUUUGGUACUUCUGCGUCAGAGACAAAGGUCCAAGAGAUCUGAAAUCUUAGACCAGGCCAACAAUGACAUUUUAGCUUUUCUUUCUGGGAUUCCUGUAACUCGUAACACUAGAUACCUGGACCUUAAGAAUUCGAGUGAGAUGAACAUGUACAAGGAUGUGUGCUAUUACAUGCUCUUUGCCCUGGCUGCGUAUGGUUGGCCUAUGUACCUGAUGAGGAAACCUGCAUGUGGGCUGUGCCGCCUCGCCAGUUCCUGCUCGUGCAUGUCACUGUCUGGUUCCCGGCUCUCUCAGUCAGUGACAGUCGAAGAGGACAAUUGCUGCGGCUGUAAUGUCCUGGCCAUACGCCGGCACUUCCUGGAUCGGGACUUGAAGCAGGUUCACAUUGUCUACACUUCCUGCCAUGAUGCUGUUUAUGAGACUCCAUUUUUUGUGGCAGUGGAUCAUGAUAAAAAGAAGGUUGUCAUCAGUAUCAGAGGAACCCUGUCUCCAAAGGAUGCCUUAACUGAUCUGACUGGGGAUUCUGAACGUUUGCCUGUGGAGGAACAACACGGCAACUGGCUUGGCCACAAGGGGAUGGUUUACUCAGCAGAAUACAUCAAGAAGAAAAUGGAGCAGGACAUGAUCUUGUCACAAGCUUUUGGAAGAGACUUGAACAAGGGUACCAUGCGCUAUGGGUUGGUGAUAGUUGGACAUUCUCUUGGUGCAGGUACUGCUGUUAUCCUUUCAUUCCUGCUCAGACCUCAGUAUCCCACACUUCACUGCUACUCUUACUCCCCACCUGGUGGACUUCUUAGUGAGGAUGCCAUGGAGUACUCCAAAGAGUUUGUAACCUCUGUGGUAUUGGGAAAAGACCUCGUACCAAGACUUGGCUUGUCACAGCUGGAGGGUUUUCGGCGCCACCUUCUGGAAGUCUUGCAAAAAAGCAACAAGCCAAAGUGGAGGAUUAUAGUGGGAGGCACCAAAUGCAUCCCAAAAUCAGAGCUUCCACUAGAAGAUGAUGAUCCUCAGUCUCAGCCAGCAGCACCCCCCAGCAGUCGCCUGUGGCUUCACCCCAGUGACCUCAGUAUUGCCCUUUCAGCAUCCACUCCCCUGUACAUUCCUGGAAAGAUCAUCCAUGUGGUGCACAACCAUCCUCCAGAGACAUGCUGUGGUCAGGAGGAGCCAACAUACUCAGCUUUGUGGGGAGACAACAAAGCCUUUGAUGAGGUCAUCAUUUCACCCGCCAUGCUUAAUGAGCACAUGCCCCACAUGGUGAUGGAGGGCCUAAACAAGGUGCUAGAGAACUACAACAAAGGGAAAACAGCCUUGCUAUCAGCUGCCAAGGUCAUGGUGAGCCCAACAGAAGUGGAUUUGAACCCAGAGAGCCUGUUCAUGGGAGUAUCGACAACUUCCCAGCAGCCAACGCCCACACCUCACCAUCGCAGGAACAGCAGUGUUCGCGCAGUUGUAUGUUCAUGUGCGCAUUCAGAAAUAUCUCUGGAUGGUUUUUCUGAGUGCCCUCCUCCCCCGGUCCCUGUAGUGCUGCGUGGAGCACGAGAGCGCCUAGCAGUGGAACUGCGGGACCGGAAAGCACCGCUGGCUGUCAUGGAGAGUCUCUCGGAUGCAGAAUCCCUGUACAGUCUGGACUCCCGACGCUCAUCAGCUGCAUUAAGAGGUUCACCGAUGCUGGGAAGCCUCCCGUUCCCUUUGGAUGCCCCCAUCCCAGAGGAGAACCCAUCUCUUAGCUCUCGGACUGAACUACUGGCUGCUGAUUGCCUUUGCCAGGAUACACCAGAACACCUGGGGGAAGUUGGGCCGUUCUUUACACAACUGGACUCCACGUCUGCCCCAGAUUACCCCAUGCGCCUGUCACCUGCCACACCUUGCUACAGUGGACAGCAUUCCCCAGCUCUGUUAAAGCAGAGCAUUUUGGCUGAGCCUCUCAAACCAGAGCCCAAUGCCAAACCAAAAAUGCUUCCUGAUGGGGAACAUUACCAGAUGCCUGGUAUCUAUAGCCCGGGGAGCACUCCCGAUGCUCCCCUCAGCCCGAGGACUGGUUUUAGAACAAUGGAUGGAGAAAAAGAAGAAUGGGAGAUGGAAACAGCGGAGAAACAGCUCACUACAGAGACCAUGCUGCCUGCAUCAUCUUCUCCACCACAGCUCUCCAACGGAAACCCGAGCAAGGCUGUGCUAGAGUUUGCACAGUAUUUAGACUCUCUGUUCAGACUGGAUGGCAGCAGCUCACCACCUUUAGAGCUUUCUGAUGCAGAGUCAGAGUCAGGUCGAGGCUCUUUUGGGCAGAGUGAUUGCCUGGGCGGGCCGAGGUUGGACGACAGACAGCUUCUGGCUCGAGCCACUGUGGAGCCUAACCUCGUCCCUAAACCUCCACGCACUUUUGCUGGAUCAGCUGACCCCUCUUCCGGCAUUUCUCUGUCUCCCUCCUUCCCUCUAUCAUCAUCUGAGGAGCUCAAUGACCUUUCCCCUGGUGAGGGUGCUCCACCGUCCAUACAUUCCCUACAAACUUUGACUACAUGCCACUGUCCUGAGGAGAACACACUUUCCUCUAUGGUGUAGUUUGCUCUCAAGACUCGUGUGCCCUUUGCUCUAACGUGCCAAGUGCAUUCAUUCAAAAUAUUAAGACUACAGUAGAUGCAUGCAAUGGAAUGCAGUCACUCAUCAGAGAUAUGAUGGAACUUUACUGACCAGCUCACAAGCUGUUUCCAUUCUUCAGGUGUCUCCUUAAACGCUGUUUAUAGCAUUUUCAGUCUAUUGCAAUGACUAAAGAAAAAAAAAAAACCUCUCUCUGCAUGCCAGGGGGCUGUGCUGCUUUUGGGUAAAUAUAAAUAACUGUAGCUUCAUAACGUCAUUCUAAAACAACACAUUCUCACCCAUUUCGAGACAUCCAUCCUCCAAAUUCACAAAAUCAAAGAGAAGAACAUAAGCGAGCAGGGAUUCAUAAUAUACACACAAUGUAGGAAGAGGUAAGCAUAGGCACGCUAUCUGGGUGCACUACUGUCCAACUACCUGCACCCUCAGCAGCUCAAACUUUUUUUUGUCCUUUUUUAAUUUAACAGAAUAUGAAGAUGGACAUAUUUAUCGGUCAGCAGAAGUGAGACAACAUUGCCAAAUGUUCCUCAGGUCUAUUAGCAAUUGACUUUGAGAGUGUACUUCAGUGGUGAAAAUUCACGUGUCUUAAAAAUUUGGUGAUUGUGACAAAGUUAUUGCAGAUGACUGUGGAUGUUUUGAGUCAUUUAGUUACACAUUAUAGUGCAUGAACUUUUUAAAGAAAAUAAUUCCUAAGCCACUUAAAUUGAAAAACCUUGCACACAUUAAAAUGUUCAAUUUCCCACUUUUGCCAAAAAAACUGUAAUGCACUGUAUUGCCAAAUGUAUUUUUGAGAUGUAAUUUUGUGUAUCUAUAUGAAUAUUGUUAAUUUAAACAUGCUAAGAAUAUUUGUUAGAUUUCCUCCUCCAGCCAUUAUGUUGGUUUUUAUGGAAACUGUUAAAUAGCGACAAGACUGGUAAGCUGCUGUCCUCACUUUAAAACACUGCCAUUGCUUUCAUCUCUGACACAUAAAUUGGGUUUUAACCAAU